UUCCUUGAAGGGGUUAGGGAUAUUAAAACAUUGCUGCACGGGAUUUUGAAAUAGCUCCUCCACCACUCACAAUACGAUAUCCAGGUCGAACGAUAUACACAAUACAUACACAAUGCAUACACAUCAUUGUACCAAUUCAAUCAGCAGAAACACGAAAUGACAUCAAGCUUAAGUCAGCUAGGUACCUAUCAAACCACUCUGUGCCGGCAUAAGCCUUCGGCGCGUCCCGUGAAAGACAGGGCGAUACUAUGGGGCUGAGGUCAGCUUGAGGUAGAGUAGCAUCAGUUGCGCGCAGGGCUUAGUGAUUGGUCUGGCCCCAUUUAGAACACAGGGGAUGGAUGGGCUCGGAUGACGACACUAAAUUUUCGCCUCUCAAUUGUUCUCUAUUAAUACUAUCGGGUUCAUCUCAUCGUCAGCCCUAUAACUUACCUAGUUGAGCGGAAGUAGCGGCAUGUUGAAACUUCAGUUAAGACGAAUACGAAUACGAAUGCCGUCGUAACACGUUAUACGCAAUCACAACGAGCACACCGUUCCUCUUAUCGCCAAGACUCGCUCCACAUGGUGGCCUGGAGUACCCGUUGCGCAUCUUGUCGGCAGAGGAAGAUAAAAUGUGAUCGGCAGUGGCCGACCUGUGGACAAUGUCAGAAGGCCAAACAGCAAUGCUCAGGACCACCGGAUAGGGUGAAGUUUGUCGCGGAGAACGUUGCGGAGGGUUCUUCGCAGGCGGUCGUGGUCCAUCGCUUCGGAUCACGUCCUAAUCCAAAUUUCCAAGCCCUUCCAAGAAGAACACAGCCAAUAAUACCUCAUUCGGUGCCGUCAAGUCAUCCAACUUUGGUCGGCGGGGAACUUGCUUCUCUACUAACAUCUCAGGCGAAGACUUUCGGGUUCUCCAGCUUUGCACACGUCCUACAACAAGUUCCGGCUAUGCUCGAUGGCUCUCAAGCUUUGACCAGCGCCGUGUCUUGCCUCUCCGACGCGCGAAGGCGCCAAUCCAUGUCCCCGAAGCCUGACAGGAAACUUGAUCUCAAAUUGUACUGCUCCGCAUUACGUAAUCUGAGAUUUUCCCUCCAGGAUGCCAACGAGCUGAAUCGGUUGGAAACUUUGUUAGCAACUUUGGUCAUGUGGAGAGUCGAGGCCACGAUCGCUACGACAGUGGAAUUGCCAUACUUACUUGUGACUUGGUCGGUUCACUUGACCGGGGCCGCAUACCUCCUAGAGCGUCUCGGGCCGGAGGCAGCUAAGAACGAGCUCGUGUUCUCCGUGAUUCUUGAAAGCCUUUCCGAAUUAUCGUCUCACUAUUAUGCCCGUAACCAAUGGUUUUUUAUGGGGUCUCCGCAAUGGCAGCGAAUCUUCCUCGAGAACCGCGAUGUCUCUGUCGCUGAUAGGUUAUUGUUUAAGGUGUACAGUCAAAUGUCGGUGUUCCCGGAUGUGAUGAGAGACCUACGAAGAUACCAUCUGGGGCAAGUAGGCUACGAGCAUAUUCACUCGAGAAUAAUCUCAAUGCAUGUCGUAUUCGACACCAUCGAAGGUCCUUUGCAGACCAUUCUAGAGGAUCAAUCGGUCGUCACUAGGAGAGCUGCUUGUUCUCCAGUGUCUCCCGUCGAGGAAGUUUACGACACCGAGAACAGCGACGUUCCUCGGGCUUGUUGUUUAUACGCGCUAGCUAAAAUUGUGGCGAACAAUAUGUUAGCGUCGCUAGAUGGGUCGUCGCCCAGGUUUGAGGAGGAAAAUUACUUACACAGCAGGAGAAUAUGGAUGUUCCACGAGCAAGCUAUGCAAGUGGGCUCAUUUGGCAUGCACUACUAUCCAACCGCUCUCCUUCUGACCUACGGCAGUGCCAAGUCUAAGGAAACGGAAGAGUGGAUCGUAGAUUUGCUGAACUUACUUCAGGAGAGAAACCCAGCUACAGACAUUAUGUGGACGAGAGAGGAGAUUUUUCAAAGAUGUUACGCCACAAGUGGGAACAUCUGGCCAUCUUUACCGCCUGAUCAGUUUUUACUCCCAACAGGGCCAUCAUAGUAUACGAAACGCGCAGCUCGUGAUGGGCAUUGUCGGUUAAGAGUCUGUUAAGAUGAAGGAGUAGGACUUUAUAACGAAAUGAAACCCAAACAACCCGGCAGUUUGCAUAGGGCCUGAACAUCACUAAUGAGAUGGGUUGUUCAUAUUGAAAAGGCUGGUCUGUCCAAUAAUGUAAAAGAACAUUUAUUUCAGCCGCAAGUCCUACUAUGAAAGGAUUACCUAAAUUAGAGUCUUUGAUGCGACCUAAUCAGUUAGCGUAGCAUUACACAGCCCUAUGAUCAG